AUGCUGUCCACUCCGGCCAUUGGCUGCGUGGCUGAUGAGCUGGCGCUUACUGAAUCCAUCGGGCGAGAUCGCACUCGCCCGUCACAGACCGUCGAGUGUCGCGGCCUUGAUUCGGGAGACCACGAUUAUCGUAAUAACCGGGAUCACGACAUAACGAGAAGAGAAAAUGAAGGAAAGAAGGGAGGGAAAAAAAAAAGAAACUGGAAAAAGAAAGAGGGAAAAAAAGGAAAUUGGUGUGUUGCACAACAACCUUCUCUGGAAUACCCUCACCGGCGGAGAAAGUACGGAGUCGUGUCACACAGACUAGGGUACAACGCAGGGGAAGACAUGGAAAAUAUUCCUUUCUUUUCCCAAUCUCAGACAGGCUGA